AUGGGGCAGCGUGUGGAAACACGACCAAAGAAAAUCCAGGAAGGCACACCCGAAACUCUGCAGCUUCCUAUGUUGACACAAAUUCUCAAUAAAAUACUUGGGAACACCAUUUCAAGCUCUGGUGCCACCUCCAAUAUCAAUGCCAGUGAAGACUCACACAGAAAAUGCCACAGGGCACGAGGGGAGAAGGUAGAGGUGUCUCAUGUGACCCUGGAAGAUACACCACAUCGCAAACUGGUGGAUCAAAAGAGAAGCAGCAGCCUGGGAAGCAAUCGGAGUCACCGCAGCCAUACCUCUGGUCGCCUGCGCUCCCCAUCUAAUGAUUCUGCACAUCGAAGUGGGGACGAUCAGGGUGGUCGGAAGAGAGUGCUCCACAGUGGCUCCAGAGAUAGAGAAAAGACAAAGAGCCUAGAGCUCACAGGAGAGAGAAAAUCUAGGAUUGAUCAGUUAAAGCGUGGAGAGCCCAGUCGGAGUACUUCUUCAGAUCGCCAGGAUUCCAGAAGCCACAGCUCCAGAAGAAGCUCUCCUGAGUCAGACCGACAGGUUCACUCCAGGUCUGGGUCAUUUGACAGCAGAGACCGGCUUCAAGAACGAGAUAGGUAUGAGCAUGACAGAGAGCGUGAGAGGGAGCGGAGAGAUCCCAGACAAAGGGAGUGGGACCGGGAAGCAGACAAAGAGUGGCCUCGGACCCGAGACCGUGAUAGACUUCGGGAACGCGAGAGAGACCGAGACAAAAGGAGAGACUUGGACAGAGAGAGAGAGAGACUGGUCGCCGACCCCAUGGAAAGAGACAGAGAACGAGAUAGAACUUUUGAGACAUCUCAGUUGGAAUCUGUGAAGCGAAGUGAAGUCAAAUUGGAGAGUGAACACGACAGAGACCUGGAGGGCAGCUCCCGGGACUCUGUGGCCUUGGACAAAGAAAGGAUGGACAGAGACCUGGGGUCUGCGCAGGGGUUUGAGGAUGUGAGUAAAGCGGAGAGAACAGAGAGUCUGGAAGGAGAUGACGAGUCCAAGUUAGAUGAUGCGCAUUCGUUAGGGUCUGGUGCUGGGGAAGGCUAUGAGCCCAUCAGUGACGACGAGCUAGAUGAAAUUCUGGCAGGGGAUGCAGAAAAGAGAGAGGACCAGCAGGAAGAGGAGAAGAUGCCAGAUCCAUUAGAUGUGAUAGAUGUGGACUGGUCUGGACUAAUGCCAAAGCAUCGGAAAGAGCCGAGAGAGCCCGGGGCUGCACUCUUAAAGUUCACACCCGGAGCCGUGCUACUACGAGUUGGGAUUUCUAAAAAGUUGGCCGGUUCUGAGCUCUUUACAAAAGUUAAAGAAACAUGUCAACAACUUCUAGAGAAACCCAAAGAUGCAGACAGCCUUUUUGAACAUGAACUAGGGGCUCUCAACAUGGCUGCUUUACUUCGAAAAGAAGAGCGGGCGAGUCUCCUUAGUGACCUGGGACCAUGUUGUAAAGCAUUAUGUUUCAGACGGGAUUCUGCAAUCCGGAAGCAGCUUGUGAAGAACGAAAAGGGAACCGUGAAGCAGGCGUACACCAACACUCCGAUGGUGGACAACGAGCUGCUUCGGCUGAGUCUUCGGUUACUCAAGAGGAAGACCUCCUGCCACACCCCUGGGCAGGAAAAGACUGAAGAUGGGAAAUUAGCCCCGUGCAGUGGCCAGCAGGAGCUGUGUGUGUCCUAGGCAGAGAUUGAGGACGGCCCGUUUGCUCUCUCUUCACAGGAGUGCAUAAUCUUUCUCAAAAGUUUUUUGUUUUGAGACAUUGCUAAUUACAGAGACAGAAGAGUCACCGGCCACAUCAGAUGUGAAGAACUUCAGUCUUCAGAGACACCAGUUUUGGUUCAUUUAAGAUUUUACAUUAAUUUUUAUACAGUAAUUGACACUCAGGCAAAAUAAUGUGAAAAUGUCUAGAUUUAGUAAUUUCGUCUGUGUCUUCAUUAAAAUUGAAGAUUUUAAGAAACCAGGUCACCCCUGCUCUUCCAGCCUAUGAAUACUUCCUAUGAAAUAAAAGCACUGAUUUUUAUUCUGGAUCACCACGCAGAACUGACCGUAGUCAGAAAGGUGUGUCGCUAGAGGCUGCUGCACAGGCUGCAGUGCCGUGUACAGAGCUCUGAGGUGCGCCGGCCUUGCUAGUGCACCCGGAGGCAGUCUUCACAAGGAAACCCCAGUGGGUUUGCUUUUUUCUUUUGAAAAUUCUAAAAUAAAUGACUCCAUGGGAUUUUUUUACACAUGUACAUUGCUACAUCAUAUAUUGGAAGUCUUUGGACUUUUGAGUGGGGUUUAAUUGUUCAUUAUCAGAGACUGUGUGCUAUUUUAUUUUUAAUAAAUGUACGUUCCCUUUAAAAAAAAAUACUUGGGAACUACAUUCAAAACACAUCCGAAGGAUCAUUCACUGUAAUCAAGUCGAUGUCAUUCUACAAUUGGAGGUAAGAUUCAACAUAGCUAAGUCAAUAAAUAUGAUUCACCAUGUAAACCAGACUCAAAGACAGAAAUCACUUGAUUAUUAACAUAGUCUACAGAGCUAGUCCUAUGACAGCCAUAGUCUACAGAGCUCAUUCCAUGACAGCCAAGGCUACAAAGAUACACUGUCUCAAAACAAACAAACCAAAAACCAAAACAAAUCCUGUAGAGACUAAGGAUGGGAUAUAUCUUAACAUCUAUUACAAACUGAUAGCCACCAUCAUAUCAAAUGAAAAUAAAACAAAAAGCCAAACAGAACAAAACAACAACAGAAACCCUCUGAAGCAUUCCCACAGAGAUCAGGAAAAAGACGAAGGUGUUCACUUUCACUAAGCUCAUUCAAUAGCGUUCUUGAAGUCUUGGCUAGAACAGGAAGACAAGAGAAGAAAACAAAAGGUGUUCAGAACAAGAAAGAAAGAAGGCAAAGUGUUUCUAUUUGCAUAUUACCUCAUUCUGUAAGUGAGAGACCCUACCAGGAAACACUUUCAGCAAAGUGUCAGUCACAGGAUAAUACCAAAAUCAGUAGCCUUCCUAUAUAAUACCCAAAACAAACAGACUAAGAGAGGAAUUGGGAAGCAGUCCCAUUCACAAUAGCCAGAAACAACAACAGAAACCCUUGGAAUAAACCUAACUGAGGAGAUGAAAUACCUAAACAAUGAAAACAUUAAAGCCCUGAAGAAAGACAUUAGAGAAGACACCAAAGGAUGGAAAGACUGCCCAAGCACAUGAAUUAGUAGGAUUAAUAUGUGAAAGUGGCCAUCUUAGCAAAAAGCAAGCUACAGACUCAAUACAAUCGCCAUCAAAAUUUAGAUGCGAAGCUUCACAGGAAUUGAAAAUCAAUCUUAAAAUAAUUAUGGAAUCACAAAAGACCUUAGUCAUACUGACACAGAAAAACAGAAACAUUCCUGGAGUUAUUAUACUCCUUCAAGUUCUGCAGUCUAAUGGACAGGGGAUGACCACAGCACCCAUGAGCAGCCAGCGUUAUCUGCACAAGACCUGCAAAAAUCAAGCCAGUCAGCAUUCUGGCACAGAGUGAGAAAAGGUUCACUACCCCAAAUCCCUAACCGAGGAGCUAGGGACAGUUGGUGGCUUCUGGAAGGAGAGUCAGCUUUCUCUAAGGACCUGACUGUUGGUUAGGCAAUCGCACUUCCGUAGGUGUCCUAAAUUGAAGUCAGUGAGUGAUUUUUUUUUUUUAAGAAAUAUGAAGUUGGGGUAGGUAAAGGUACGGGGAGUGGGAUGAAUUAGGAGUGGAAGUAAAUAUUAUCAAAAUAUGUUGUGUGAAAUUAUCAACAAAUUAAUAAGCAGGGCAGGAGAGAGACAGUUGAGCAGUUCAGAGCACAUACCACCCUUCCAGAGGACCUGAGUUGGGUUCCAAACACUCCUGUCGGGCAGCUCAUGAACACCUGUAAUUCUAGUUCCAGGAAAUCUGAUACCUCUGGUCUCCAUGGGCACCCAUACCUACAUACAAAGUACACAUUAUUAAAAAUAAAAUAACUCUUUAAAAGAUCUACAUGUGUGUGUACAGGACAUGGAAGUAGGAGACUAGUUGGGAAGUAAAAGGGGAUCUCCAAGGGUUGGGGCAUAAGAGAAGGGAAUGGGGUGAGGAGGGUCACAGGACUAUAUUACAAGCAUGAAAAUUCAAAGCUAAAAUGUGCACACCCAGAGACAUUUGCAAGAUUGGCUCUCUCCUCUCUGAGGUCCUCAAUCCUUGGCUUCUCUGCAAGGGCUCCUCUAACUGCCCUGCACCAUCUCUAUUUCUCUCCCUUGCUUUCCUGUUAUUCAUGGUACCUGUCACUGACAUAAGCUGCGGUUUACUUAGGUUCUGUCUCUCUCCACUGAAAGCGGAAGCCUGAUGAGGUCAGGCCGCUUUGUCCACUGAGAGGUCACACAGAACCACUCCAUACACUUGCCUCAAGGAGCAUUUCUUGAACAACUCCAGAUUUGCCCCUGCAUCUUCUGAAACCAGCUUCUAACGCAGACUACUCUAUUUUUCCUGAACAUCAAUCUUUGUAAAAUACAUAGCUAGAUUACAAACAUGCCAGUUACCAUUGUCUCUGGCUCUAGGAUAUCUGAUUUGCUGCUAAUUUCUUUCAGUGCCACAAUGUUAUUAGUCUGUCCCCUCUUAGCUCUCCUGUUGUCAGCUUUGUUAAUGAUGGCUUGGGUUGGAAUCAGACUUGGGUUUUCAUCCUAUUUCUUCUCCUAACUAGUUAUGAGAUCUUCAACAAGUUCCCUAGGAAGGAUAGAAGAGGUCACAGGGUUGCAAUGAUCCAUAAGUACCUACAUGCAGGAUGGUUAAGGGACUGGAAAGAUGACUCAGUGGUUAAGAGCACUGACUGUUCUUCCUGAGUUCAAUUCCCAGCACCACAGGACUCACAACCAUCUGUAAUGGGAUCCAAUGCCAUCUUCUGAUGUGUCUUAAGACAGCUACAGUGCAGUCAUACACAUAAGAUAAAUAAGUAAUUCUUUAAAAGAGUAUUAAAUAAGAUACUGUAUCUGAAAGCUGUAGUGGUACCCGACACAUAGUAAAAGAUGUUUCUUCCUUUAUGUCUACAUGACCAAAGAUUGGUAUCUAUCAUCCUUGCCCUGUCUUUUGUAACUCUGGCUGGAAUUAAUGUGACUUAAGGUUUUUCAGUUCUGUAAUGGUGCCAAAGCAACACAUGUCACACUUUGAUGUCUGAACUUCUUCCAAGCUAGCAAUGUACAGUACCAAACUCUCUCGUCAUUCUGGCCAACGGCAAGCCUCGGUUCCCUGUGAGGACACAGACAAUGCUUCAGCACAAACCAAGCUUCCUGUUAAAUAGCAUUUGCUCCAUGGUGGGCCAAGUAAGUGGUUUGCAUGCAUUUAUAAUAAGCUCUUACAAACUAUGAUGUCAAGGGACUGGAUGGAUUUAAUGCAUUUUGUUCUUAAACAUUUGUCAAUGUCAUAUAGGUUUGCUGGGGUGUGCGAGCCAUCACACCUGGAAGAGCAGCUACAUAUCACAUCACUGCUAACAAAAAACAAAACCAAAGAACACAAACAAACAACCCUUUCCUAAGUACUGUAGCUGAGUGACCCAACAACUUUCAAACUAUUUCUACAAAUAAGUAGAACUGUAACUUAUCUGCCCACUAUGCCCCAGGUGCUGUCUUCACACUGUGAAAUCUAACAAUGCCGUAUCAUCCAUCAAUCUCCCACCCGAGUAGCAGCCUCUCUUUUUUCCUGGGUUAAUGUAGGGGGCCCACUUGAAUAGACCAUGCUACUUACAUAUUAUUUAGUCAAGUCUGCCUCUCAAUGAAAUUAAUUGUUUUAGACAACAUUACACUGAAGUCAGUAGACUUUGUGUAGAGCAGAUUACCCUCCACAAUGUGCAGAAGCCUUAUCCAGUCAGUUGAACAAGACUUUUGGUGAAAAGAUACUGAUUCUCUUCUGCCCCUCCCCCUCCUACUCCCUCCCCCUCCUUCUCUCCCUCCCCCUCCCCCUGUCCCUUUCCCUCCCUCCCCCUCCCCCUGUCCCUUUCCCUCCCUCCUCCUUCCCUCUCCCUCCUUACCCAUCUGUCCUCCAUCCCACCCCAGGCACGCAGUUGGUUUCCAGUGAGUACACUAGUCAUGUCAACCUGCCAUGAGAACCUCAUCAAUUCCUGAUGGCCCCUCUCCUAAUCUACAACCUCUUCAGACAGUAGUAGUUUAUUUUUCAUUCAUAAUUUCAUUAACUUAUCAAACACCCCUCUUUGUGUUGAUAUAAUAAUUUCCCUACUAGGAUGUAUGCUCUCCCACUUCUGUUCCCUCAUAACCAGGGAAGUUAUUUAAUAUCCUUCAGCUGCUGUCCCUACCUGAUAAAAUGUGGGACUAAUUCUAAGUGAAUCUGUGUGUAGGGAAGCCUCCUUCUCACAGCACUGUGAAUCAUGUACCAGAGCGUGGAGGACGUGCUCAAUUCCUCUAAUACCCGGUGAAGCCUGUGCGGUACCGAAAGGAGCCAUGUUGUGUUCAGUCAAGCUGAAGAAUGACGACAGCGCUGCAGGAUUAGGUGGUUAAGGGUGAAUUAGAGCACAGCUGAUCUAUGCGCGGACACAAGUGCACUCUGCAGAAUCACACCAAAAACUCAGGCCAUGAUGGAGACAGCUAAGUAGACCCAACGUACAAGGUCAGGGAAUCUACAGGGAUUGGGAGGGUAAAUCAAUUCCUGUGCUUAAAGCAAACAGGAUGCUCAGAACAAAAACUUCCAACAGGAGGAAAUGCAAAAAUGGCUAUGAAAAACCAAGGACUGGGUUUCUCAUACCAGCACAAGAGCACAAGUUACAGUGGGUGUGAAGUCAGUGAACAUUAUGACCGUCAAUCUAACUCCAGAAACGUUCUAGGGACAAGGUCAGUUCCAGGUGGUAGCUACCGAAACUUCUGCUGCUUAAACACUUGGCCCCAGAGAGACAGCAACACCCUGAAGACUCCCAUAGACGCAUCUUAAGAGAACCCAGUCUCAGAGAUGCUUCCCGGCACCUGUAGGAGCGAAGCUUUCCUUGUGCAUAGAUGAACAUCUGUCUCAGACAGUGCAGGGUCAGUGUUAAACAGUUUAGUCUUCGACUACAAAGGUCUCUUCUCAGUUACACAGCAGCGUAUGGGUGGGAGUCUGAAGGCUAGAAAAAAAUUAUAGUUGACAUUACAUUUUGCUAUUGGCUCCAGUACAUGAAAGCUGUCAACCGGUGAUAGAACAGCUGCAGUUGCUAGGCAUGAUGGUGUCUGAGGUAAGCAUUUGGAAGGCUACAGAAGGAUCAUUGUGAGUUAGACACCAGUCUGGGCUCUAUAGUGGGACCUUUUUGCAAAACCAGAACAAUCUUGGUGCUUGGGGUUGCAUGCAUGGUCAGUAUUUAACUAUUCACGUAACGGUUUGCCCUGUGUAAUUUAAAAAGUGAAGCCAGUGCCACAACAGGAAGUAGAAUGAACAGGAAGCAGUGUUGGGGUAAAUUGCUAGGUCUUUUGCGGGACUGAUCACAGACAGAUGCCAACUUUUACAGCUUAUUCUUCCUCGAGGCCCUUGUGCUAAAGGUUUGCUGCUCAGCUCAGCACAUCGGGAUGUGAUGAAACCUUGGACAGGUGAAUUCUACUCUGUGUAGGGUCUUUCCGGGGGACUUUCAAAAGGGUCAUGGCACUCCAGCCUCCUCCUCUUCCUCUCUUUUGCUUGCUGGCCAUGAAGUGCUUUGCUCUGUCACAUGGUUCAUAGAGAUGUAGGACCUCACCACAGGCCCCAAAAUAAUAAGGUCAAGUGAUCAUGCUUGGGAACUUCCAAAGAUGUAGGUCAAAAUAAGCUUGCAGUAUCUGUUACAUAGUGGAAAGCUGGUUAAAAGGUCUGGUUAGAGGAAAGACAAAAGAUAGGAUGAACUGAGAAGACGAGGACUUAGGUUUCUUGAACUCAAAGGGAAGAGGAAAGGAAACCUCAAGGAGCCUGAAAGGAAAAUCUUGAAUAGUAGGUCCCCUGACAGGAGCAAUGGAUAAAUUUCAGACCAGCCCAAAGUGAGCUCUCAGGCUCUCCCCUUUUUCAAAUCUCUUUUAAACUAAACUUGUCUUAGGAAGUCAAGCAGUGUAGAGCAAUCCAGAUCAUUGUCAGAUCUAGAGCUCAGUGGAGAAGGAUUCGAGUAAAUCUCAGAGCAAGGUGGUAUCUCCUUCUCCUCACCCAAUGAACCAAUCAAUCCCUAGCUGUUUCACAAAGCUGUUCUUAAGCACAGCCAUCUCCUAGGUCUUUAUCCUGCCACCACUACAACAAAAGACUUGAGAAAGAUUAGCACACUGUUACAGAGUCCACAUGAUAAAUAGCCCCCACUACUUUGGUAAUAGCUUUGAUGACCACAGCACCUCACCAGUGCAAACCAUUUUCUCAAGUUGCCACCAUCUUAGCCCUUUGUCCUGAAAGCAUCCUAUCUAUGUGGACAGUCCUCUACCUAAAGUCAACAUUCUGAGACACAACUUGGGAUUGUUACCAUUAAUAGCUUUGCAAAGGUUUUCUCUUAAUUCUCCAAAUUCUGUUGGAAAAAAAAAGUUUAGCCAGACUAUGGCGUCGAACACCUUUAAUCCCAACACUCAGGAGGGAGAGGCAGGCAAAUCUCUGAGUUUCAGGCCAGCCUGGUCUACAGUGAGUUCAGGGACAGCCAAGGCUACACAGAGAAAUCUGGCCGCAAACAAACAAAAAUCUAUACAUCCAUAAAAUUAUCUACUGCAGUACUCCUCCUCUGAACACCCUUACAGAGCUCUCCACAGAGCCUUUCUGGAUUUCCUCAACCAAAUAUGAUCUUUCCAUCCGAAUCCCGAAACAUAUUUUCAGCACUGUUAUUUUACCCUGUCCUAUAGGACAUUUCUGGGUUCAUAUUAGAAGCUUUUUCUAAGCAUGUCCCUUAGGACCUUCCUUGAUUUUAUAUCUACUAUAGAACUAAUACUGUGUACUUUUUCUCAGAGGUAUUUUUAAGUUCCUGUGCUGGUUAGUUUUUUUUUUUUUUUUUUUUUUUUUUUUUUUUUUGUCAACUUGACAUAAUAAGUUCAGAUCAUCUGGGAAUAGGGAACCUCGAUUUAGAAAAUACCUCCAGCACACUGGUCUGUAGGCAAGUCUAGGGUGCAUUUUCUUUAAUGUUUUGUUUUGUUCUGUGAGACAGGGUCUCACUUUGGAGCCUUGGCUGACCUGUAAGUCGCUUGCUAUGUAGACCAUGCAGGCUUUAAACUUGCAGAGACAGCUUGUUCUGCUUCCUGAAUUCGAGAAUUGAAGACAUGUGAUUAACACGCCCAGUGCAUUCUCUUGAUUAAUGAUUGAUGUGGAAGAGCCCAUUGUUGGCAGUACAAUCCUUGGUCGGGUAGGCCUGGUUGUAUAAGAAAGCAGGCUGAGCAAGCCUUGGGAGAAUAAGCCUCCUCCAAGGUCUCUGCUUCUGUUUCUACCUCCAGGUUCCUUCCCCGCCUGAGUUCCUACCCAGAAUUCCCCUCAUCAUGGAUUAUGAUGGGAUCCUUAAGCCAAACACUCGAGCUGCUCCUCCUCAAGCAGCUUUUGGACAUAGUCUCUAUCACAGCAAUAGGAAGCAAAAUAGGACAUUCCCAAACCAUUGUUACAUUUUUUUUUAUUUUUUAAUUUUUUUAAUGACGAAAACAAAAAUACAUCUAAAAGCGAAGCUUCUGGAAAAACCAUUUGUUCUUCCCUGUCUUAUAUCGCUUCUCAAACUUGACCUUGGCCUCUCGCCUGGCCUUGCGUUUCAGUGCUGGGUCUCUGAACACAUCCUUGUUGACAACAGUUUUGUCCAAGGGGAUAUCCACAGAGUACCUUGUGGGCAUGAGGUGGCUGUAGUUAUAAACUUUCACAGAGGACUUGAUCUUGGAUUGCUUGGCGAUCUUCUUCUUGCCCAUGGCAGCUGUCAUUUUUCUGGGAGCGGUCAAUUCCAGCCACCAGGGCAUGGCUGUAAGGGCGGUCGGAGGUGCCAUGAUCAAUGUUCUUCACGAUGACGGCUUUGCGUCCGGAGUAGCGUCCAGCCAGGACCAGCACCACUUUCCUGGGUUUCAUAAACUUGCCAGCCAGCACCCAGCAAAAAAAGCCAUUGUUACAUUUUUGAUAGGUUACCUUUUUCCUUAGAUAGAAUUGAUUGUAAGUCAGACAUGGUGGCUGUAAUCCUAGCAUUCAGAAGGUUGGAAGCAGGAGGAUCAGGAGUUCAAGGUCAGGCUGAGCUACAUAGUAAAUUUGAGGCUUCAUAAAACUGUUGGUAAUUGGUUCUAAUGUUUUGCCUUACUGUGGUGAAUUAGUUAAAUGGCAUUGGUUCCCAGCCAGUGGCUAGAGCUCUUUGGAUUCAGGAAUGAAUGACACAGGCAUGCCAGCUGAUUUCCAUAUGCUUUGACUAACUCAAUGGGUGGGCACCUCUACAUCUCCCUAAGGCUAGCAAACACUCCCCUCUGGUAUUCCUGAGUUAACAUCUUUUAAAACCUAUAUUUCAUCUUUGCUACCCCAGACCCAAUCGAGGAAAGGGGCCCUAGGACUGGUAUUCUUACUUGCCAUUUAGCUAAUUCACCGCUGUAUGAAACUCUAUUUCAAAAAGGCUAGAUAAAGAGAUAAGAACUGAGUAUAACCACAGACCAUCCCCACACGAUGACUAUAGGCACACAUUGUACCCACAUAGCUCACCAUAGGCACACGCUAUGUUCAUACAUGUUUGCAAUAUAACCACAUUUCAUGUGUAAUCUCGUUGUCCCUUGUUUACUAUGAUAAAACUAUUCCUAAGAAUAUGUCUCAUUUUGAUUCCUUAGACAGUAAAUAUCUACUAGUCUAGUCUAUUUCAUAAGCAAAAACCAGGGGCGAUUUCCUGGUGCCUGCUUCGAGCAACUGUGGAAAGUGAUUUGAUUAAAUGUAAGGAAAACAGACAAACUAGCAUUUGCUAUGUCUCCCUGUCUGUCUGUCUGUCUGUCUGUCUGUCUGUCUGUCUAUAGUCAGGAUUCAUUAUGUUGCACAGGCUGAUUUCUCACUCCCUAUUUACCCCAGGCUUGCCCUGAUCUCAUCAUCUUCUGCCUCUGUCUCCUGAAUGCCAGGAUUACAGGCAUGCACAGCACACCUGGUUCUGACGGCUCAUAAUUAUGUAUGUUCUCUCCUUUCGUUCUUCUCUUCCUCACCUUCAUUCCUCUCUCCUCUCCUCUUUUUCUCUGUCCUUCAUGCAAUGCUGACGACCAAGCUCAGACCCUUACGCUCAUGCGCAGAAAGCAUAGCCUCUACUACUGAGUCGUGCUCUCCAGCCCCUAUCUCUCUCAGUCUCAAUUUCCCAAAGCAAUGCAGAUAAAUUUGCCAGACAAUUGUAAAUAUUUUCUAGUUGUGUCAGAAAUGGAGUUGUCUUAUUUAUUUAUAAAAUGUGUGUGUGUGUGUGUGUGUGUGUGUGUGUGUGUGUGUGUGUGUGGUUGUGAGCCUAUCAACAUGGGUACAAGAAGCUUAAUUGUGAUGUUUGGAAAAGCAGCAAACACUUCACCACUAAAGCCAUCUCACCAGUUUUAAUAUUGACUUGUGUUUUUUUAAACCCAGGAGAAACUAAUUCUAGAAAGAAUUUACUUGAAAGAUGUGGAACAGAUCACAGGCUAGAAAGGACCUGAAAAACAAGGUUCAGGAAGGACAACCUGUAUCUCCCCAGGGAUAGACAGACAUCCAGGAGCUCAGACAACAUUGUCAAAAUAAAUCCUGCUCCAAUUUUCUUCAACAGUUCUUCAGUUACCUGGUUCAAGAUGGAGUGGCCCGAAUAAAUCAGGCAGCCUCAUUAAUUAGCAGACCAGCUAGGUUGCUGCCCAGGCCCAAAACAAUUACCGACAAGGACUGGAGAGUGCUCUUAAGAACUGGGAGGGCCAGCCCGGGUGCAAGGCAGCCAGGGAACUGCAAAUACCCAGCAUAGUGUGAACUGCGAUCUUGCUCCAGGCUUCCUCCUGUUUUUGUGGAGAAAGGAAGGCAGCUGGAGUCAACUGGUCUUGUGCAAUCUCUGAGCACGACGUUACUGGCUUAUAAUACCAGACUACUUAUCACAGAGGUGAGUUAGUGUUUAAAAACAAAGGUACGAGUCAAGCAUGGUACAUUCCUGUAAUUCCAGGCUCAGUGGCAGGGGGAGGUUCAGGAAUUCAACUCUGCUACAUGGCAUGUUCAAGGCCAGCCUGGGCUACUUGAGAGUCUAUCUCCAAAGACAAAGAAAAAGCAAAGGUAUAUAAUAAAUAUCAACACUAAAAUAGGUAGGACACAGAAGGGAAAGCUGAAAUGUGCUGAUGUUUAAAAGAAAAGUUACAGAGGCCAGUGUUCGUCACACCUGAUGACCACAAAUAUAUGUUCCAGCAGCAGCAGCAGGACUACGUGGGAAACCCGGAGUGAAGACAGAGCAGGGAGACGAGCCUCUCGAGUUUACAGGAAACUCUCAGUGUCGAUUCUGCGCAUCCCUCCUUCCAACAAAAGCUAGUCCUGCUAACUAAAGUCCUUGGCCUCCUGUCAGAUGUGCAAGAUGUGGCUUGUGCUCAACGUCUUAGGAACAUCUAGUUCCAGAAUCCCCAGGACUCUCACCUCGCCUUGGUUUCCGGAUUCCCUGGUGAUCCUGAUGCUUCCUUUAUUUUGCUGCCUUAGUGGUCCAGCCUUCAAAAUCUCAACUCAAGCCCUGCCAGAGCAUCUUAGUAAAUCCUCCCCACUUCCAACGCUCUCAGCUCCACUCUAGCCACCAUGACUCAUUCAUUGUGGUCACCAGAGCUCUGCUCCCAACUGAUAAGAUCUUAUCAAACCCUAGUCUCUUCACUCUGGAGUAUAAACAGCCUAAGCACCUAGAUCCUAGCGCUGACCUAACUUUCCAGCCUCCUCCUCAAUCCCACCUUUCAGAGUGUAACUAUUUAUCCAGUUCUUCAUUUUCAUUGUGUGCACAUGUUUGUGUCUGUGUGGGGAUCUAUACGGAGCCUGUGGAGGUCAGAUCCUCUGGUGCUAGAGUUACAGGUAGUUGCCAGCCUGGGAACUGAACUCGAGUCCUCUGUAAGAGCAAUAUGCUCUUAACCACUGAGCUAUCUCUCCAGUCCCAAUACCAUUUGUUCAUUUGUUUAUUUGUUUGUUUGCUUGUUUUUGAGACAAGGUCUUGCUAUGCAUCCGUGACUGAUCUGGAACUCACUAAGUAGACCAUGUUGCCUUACACUCAGAGAAUCACCUGCCUCUCUUUAAUCUCAGAUGCUGAGAUUAAAGGCUUUUUACACCAUGGCUCCCAAACCACCUUCUUAUUUCAUAUUCCCAGAAUGGAUCUGUCACUGUCCCACAACAAAUUUUGCAGAAUCUGUUUCCCUUGUCUUUUUUUAAGAUUUAUUUUAUACACACACACACACACACACACACACACACACACACACACACACACUAUAGCUGUCUUCAGACACACCAGAAAGGGCAUCAGAUCCCAUUACAGAUAGUUGAGCCACCAUGUGGUUGCUGGGAAUUGAACUCAGGACCUCUGGAAGAGCGGUCAGUGCUCUUAACCACUGAGCCAUCUCUCCUUUCCUUGUCUUGAAUGUUCUUAUACCGUCUUCCUCACCUUGCAAGUAUUACUGAUUAAAACAAAUAAUUUUUUCCUAGCAAUAAUAAUUACCUAUCAUAGAGAAUGGAUAGGGGGCCAACAUAAUGGCUGAGCAGGUAAAGCGGGUAAAGCACCUGCCACUUAGUCAGACCACUUGAGAUUCCUCUUAGAGAUCUAUGUGGCAGAGAGAACUGACUCGGGCAGAUUGUCCUCUGACCUCUACAUGCAUGCCAUGACCCCCUCCAAUAAAUGGACAGAACUAUAAUUAGAGAGAGGGAGGGAGAAUGAACUGAAUAGGGCUUUCCCAUCUGCUGUCGCAUUUAACCCUGACCAUAAUCCAGCAGGUUAGGUAUUACCAGCCUAAAUUUCGUGUCCAAUGCCAGGAGGCCAGCCGUGUUUCCAAACUCAGGAUGGACUGUGGUUUUGAAACCCAAUGUAAUGCCUUCUUUCCCUGUCUGUGAAAUCGAGGGAUAGACACAAGCCCAGUUCCUGCCCUUCGAAAUGGCGGUCACCAGGACACAUGUUUUUUUCAGUCAAGAACCUUGUCUGAAAAAUGUAUUUUCCAGGUCUGUCUCUUGAGCCAUUAUAAGUAAUUCUGGCGAGUGAGCAACACCUUACAAGGGAAAUAAGUAAAGCUCGCGUUUACAGCUCCUAGUCUGUACUAGACUGUGGUGCUGAUCAAACCUUUGUGUUCGUGGCUGCUGCCUCCCAUUGUCUUCCUUCCCAUUGCUUUCUCCCGCGACUUAGGUCUUCUCAGUUUUUUCUCCUCUAGAGUGCAGGCCUCCACUUCCACAGAAAGGAUUCCUUCUUCAGUUUCACUAUUGAGUCGUCUUCUGUUCUAUCUACUAUUAUUAUGUGCAGGGUGAUGUGUGAAUGGGGUGGGUGCUCAUGCCAUUGCACAUGUGCCAAGAGGAGAGCUCUGUGGACUCGUCUCUCUCCUUCCACCUUUACACGGGGUCUAGCACUGAACUCAGGUCAUUGGCUUACAGCCAGUGCCCAUACGCACACUCACACCCACACGCAGACAUCAUAGCUUGUACCACCCCAAAUCGAUAACUUAAUAAAUGUAAAUAAAAAUUGAACUAGUGCUGAUCUAUUCACAGUAACUAAGAAAUGGAAGUGUCUGAGAAGUCCAUUGGCAGCAAAGAAAGAAAGCGCAGUGCAUUAAACAAAACGGCAUAUUAUUCUGUGAAGCCCUUAUUUAGCCCACCAGCGAGAGUAGAGGGCCUUACGUUAACUGAAAAGGCCCAGGCAUAGAGACACAUACAGCAUACCGUCAUACCCGGACACCAGCAGAGAACACAACAGUAGCCAUUCCGCACCAAGGUCUCUGUUUCUUCCCUCAUCAAUGAGACAGAACAGUGACAGGAACAACCUACAGCAGAAGUAGAAAGGUUGUUUUUGUUCCGGCUCUGUGGAAACAGUUCGUGGGGUGGGGAAGGCAUGGCCACUGGGGCCGCCUCCUUAGCACAUCAAGUGGCCUCUUAUGUCCCAAUGGGUCAGGAACCAGAGCCCUCAGGCUUCAGGAAGAAGCAGAGGCAGCCUGUAAACAUCAGGCUGCACUCUUCAGAGCCCUGCACCCACCAAUUAGGGCCUCUUACCAGAAGGUUCCACGAUCUCCCCAGAAAGCACCACUGCCUAGGGAUCAAACACAUGAGCCUGUUGGGACAGUUCACAUUCAAGCCACAACAGAAGGAAGUCCGGUGACAGAUCCCAAGACAGACAGACAGACAGACAGACAGACAGACAGACACACACACACACACACACACACACACACACACACACACACACACACACGGAGGAAGACUACGUUCAAGCACCCGUUUCACAGUAAGGUGGCAACAGUUUGCAACGACUUAUUAUUCAUUUUAUAAGGAACAGGUAGGACUAGGUCUCCCCAGCUAUAUAAAAACGAUAGUUACUUCCGAAGCUGGAAAUGACAGCUUUCCUGAUUCGAUCCUUUCGUAUUGUUUAUAUGUAGCAAAUCAUCACACUGCAGUAUAUAAAUGUCUAAAUUAUGUGGUAAAUUACGGUUUUAAGGAUAAAUAAGAAUUUGUGCUGGAAGCGGGGUAGUGUGGGAGAGCUGGCUCAGCAGUGAAGAGCAUUGCCCGCUGUUCCAAAGGAUCAAGUUUCAGUUCCCAUCAUCCACCCACGUGGAGGAGCACUGCCUGUACCUCCAGCUCCAGGGGACCAGACACCCUCUUCUAGCUUCUAAGGGUGCUGCACGCACCUGGUGUGCACGGAGGAGCCUUCAGGAUGAGCUGGCACUGGGGCGGGAGAGGUGGCUCAGCCAUUCAUUCACUACUGCUCUUGCAGGUGUGAGAAGCAAUGAUCUUCACUUCAUAAUAAGAGCCCUGGAGACUCAGAGCAGCUAACAAGAACCGGUUUAAGUUACAAGCAGGGUUCAGCCUAGAAGUACAGUCUCACUGACUGAGCACCAAAAACAGUUUCUAAGCCCUAGUGCAUGGGCACCUCAUUACUGAGUCAUCAGGAGAAUGCUGUUUCAGAUGCCAUCUAGAUCUCAUCUUUACAUUUGUCCUUCUCAACAAAACCCGCAUGUCUGUUCCUCUCUACGUUUUACAUCCUGUUUCUUUUAAAACGUAUCAGACACGUGACUUUGCAGGCAAGCUUGACUGUCAGUGACUUUUUACUCUGAACUUGUAGUUUGGGUGAGGAGCACAGCUCAGCAGCGUUUAGGUAGAAAGGACCAGCUUGACCAGCUGGCAUUGCCAAGGUCUAGAGGUUCUGUUCAUUUGUAUCUAGACCUGAGCUGGCUCCAGGCAUCUUUGGGAACGAGCUCGCUACCCCCACAAGGAUGCCCCCACAUCCUUGAAAACGUUGGAAGACUAUGUGUUGUUCAUGUUAGUUGGUAUUUUGGUGGAACAAGUCAUUCUUUUAUGGUUUUAUAGUAAGUCUUAAGAUGGAUACUUUCUUCAACUUUUCCUCUAAACCAUGUUUGCUAUCUUUGUCUUUUGGAAAUUCAUUCUUGUCUAAUUUUUCCCUGCAACAUUGAUGAUCACACCAUUUAUUUAGACUUUCACAUUCUCUCAGCGUUGUUUUGUAUUUUUCAACCUGCAGGCGUUACACGUGUUUAUCCAUGAAAAUUUCCUGUCCUGUGUUAUUACAUGCGAUUUUGAGUUCAUUGUCUGUGUCUUCUUUGCUCAUUAUAGUGCUCAUACCAUUGAAUAAAACCCAACUGACAUUGUACUAACAUUAUAUCUUGGGAGUCCUCAGUCCAGGGAUCUUUUUCUUGGUCCUUCAGGAGUUUCUAUGAGAACAACAACUUUAGCUGUGAACCAAGUCAGUUUUAUUCCUUCAUUUAAACUUGUACAUCAUCCUUCUUCUCCUCCAAUGGGUCUCCAGGUCAAGGUUGACUAAAAAUGCUGACCUAGAAAAAGCUUGCUACAUUCCCAGAGUUUGGGAGAAAACUUUCAGUAUUUCAACAUCAAGAAUGACUUUAGUAUUAAUAUUUUUAUUUGUGUUUUAUAACUGUCUUUCAUUAAAUUGACAAAGUUACCUUCCAUUACAUUUUUUCAAGUUUCAUUUUAUUUUUAGAAUUGUGUGUAUGUGCUGUGUGUGCAUUCUCCCCGUCCACGGACAUGUGUGGGUGUUCGUGUGCAUGAAUGUGGUGGGGGGGAGAGUGUCAGUGCAGAUGCCUCCUCAAGCUGGAGUUACAUUCAACAUGGAUGCUAAGAGCAAAAUUCAGGUCCUCUGGAAAAAUAGACUGUGCUUUUAAACUCUGGGCCACCUUUCCAGCCCAUCUUCCACUCAGUUUAUUGUUUUAUCAGGUUAAGAUUCAUCUUAGUGUGGUAAACUACAUUGAUCAACAUUCAUUAUGUAACAGCCUUUUGUCAGAAUUCAAUGUGGAAGGAUUUUGUUUAGGGAUUUGUCUGCUUUGUCAGUGUUAGAGAUCAAGCCCAAGGCUGCCCACAACUGGGCAAGUCCUCUUCCACUGACGUGCACUCACUCCCAUAUCUUGUCCAUGGCGUUUUAGACGUGUAAGUCUUUCUGUGUAUGUUGGGGGGUGUUUCCUACAUGUAUGUCUGUGCCUUAUACCUGAAGAGAACAGAGAGGGCAUCAAAUGCCCUGGGGCUGGAGUUACAGAUGGUUGUGAGGCACCAUGUGGGUGACCCCUGUCCUCUGGAAGAACAGCAGUGCUCUGAGCCGUUACUACGGCCCCAUAGGGCUGUGAAUCUCGAGAGCCAGUGGCGUUAAUUCAGUCAAGAAACCAGCUAAAUAAAACACAGAAAAAGCUGAUUUUUCAACUUGAGUCUGAAGGCAGAGAAAGACUGAUGCCACUAAUCAAGCAAUCAUGCAGGAUGAAUUUUUACUUGGACUUUUUGUUCUACUGUGGUCUUUAGUGGAAGUGAUGAAGCUGCCAACAUGAGGGACAGCAAUCUGCUUUACCCAGUCCAACAGUUCUCAACCUGUGUACACAGCCCCUUUGGGAUUCAGUGACCCUUUCACAGGGGCCAUCUAAGACCAUGCACAGAUAUUUACAUUAUGAUUCAUAAUGGUAGCAAAAUUAUAGUUAUGAAGUAACAAGGAAAAUAAUUUCGUGAUUGGGGGUCACCACCACAUGAGGAGUCAAAUUAAAGGGUCGGAGCAUUAGGAAGGUUGAGAGCCACCGCUCUAGUCUGUCGAGCACCUUUACAGACACACGCAGAGUAAUGUUUGACCAAAUGCCUGAGCAGCACCUUGCGUCUAACCAAUUUACAUAUAACACUAACUACUAAUGACUGGAAGGCAGAAAUACCAGAAGAGUUUAUAGGCCCUGAUUCCUGGACUGGUUCCUAAAUGAUUUUAGGGUUGUCUCUUCAGAAGGGGAAAUGCUCUGGUAGCACUGAAGGCUUCUGAGGGAAAGCUACGACCCCCACCCAAAGGAUUGCAAUCUAUUGGUGGGCUGAGACAUGCCACUGUCUCCUCCCUUAGAGUUAAUCAUGUCAGGCUGGCCAAUCAGCUGUCCAAGGAAACAACCCUCAGUAAGGUGGGUCCACCUUAAGCUGGGAGAUGGGCGGAGGGUGGGAAUAAUUAGCCUUUAAACUUCCCAGAAUUCCCACAUCCUCCCACAGUUCCUAAGAGCCACCAUGCUGCUAAUUCUGCCUGGUAUCUUCUUCCUUCUGGAUGCUGACCAGAAAUAAGCAUACUUUUGCUGAUGUUCUGCGAUUCCUUAAUUUCUCUAAAGUCUCCCUCCCAUUUUUGCUAUGUAGUUGCUUGUUCAACGUGUAGACGACCUUUUAUGAUCUAUUAAACUCCUACCUCUGAGUCUAUAAUAAACUUCUCUCUAAAAAUCAGAACACAACCAAACCAACAAAAACCCAAACUAGCCAUUGUAUCUCUGCCCUGAAUCCUUGGAAACUUUAAAUCUCCCCGUUGAGAGCUGUAUUAGUUAGGGUCCUCUAGAGGAAUAGAAUAAAGGUUUUAAUGGCAUUAAAAACAAACAUAGUAAGAGCCAAUUAAGAGCAUCAUUAUUCUGUACUCAAGCGACAUAGAAAGACACUUAAACACUUAAAACUCACGACAGGGUGUGGCACACAGAGGCAGAAUGCUUGCUGACAGGUACAAGGCCCCAGGUUCAGUUCCCAGCAGUGAAAAAAAUAUUUUGAACAUACACUAUAAGACUAUUUAGGGACAGUAAGAUAGCUCGGGCAGUAAAGGCACUUGCUUCUAAGUGAUGACACGAGUUCCAUUCUUGGGGCCCACAUGGUAGAGGAGAACUGACUCCUAGAGAUUUCCUGUGAUCUCCGUACAUACCCAGUGGAACAUGCAUGCCCCCACCAACAAAGACAGACACAGACAAUUACUUAGUUAGUAAAAAGCCAAAAAAUUUAUGUGUGUGUCCUCACUCAAUGCCAAGGCACCUGGCUCCUGAGACAGUCUGUUAAUUCAUACAGCCUACCUAUUCCAUAUGAAACUUACUUUUUUCUUAGGAAUUGUAGGUUGAAAUAUUUUGGGGGGGCAAUAAUGACAAUGUCCUAUUUAUAGCUAAGCACUCAAUAGUGACUUAUUCUGGGGGCUGGAGAGAGGGCUCAGCAGUUAAGAGCACUCUUCCAGAGGUCCUGCGUUCAAGUCCCAGCAACCCAUUUACAGCAUCUCAUUUAAAGGCUAAUUAUUCCCCCCAUCUCUUUAGCACAGCUUAAGGUGAACCCUCGUUACCAAGGGUUGUUUCCUUGGACAGAUGGUUGACCAGCUUGACAGAAUUAACUCUUAAGAGAGGAGACAGUGAUAUGACUCAGCCCAGAGAUAAAGCACAUGUUGGCUCACGACCAUCUGUAAUGAGAUGCAAUGCCCUCUUCGGGUGUGUCUGAAGACAGCUACAGUGUACAGUGUACAUAGAAUAAAGAAAUAAUUCUUUAAAAAUAUAGUCACUUAUUCUCCACUCUGACCAGUUAUGCUUUAUUUAGUCUUCAUGGUGACUGCUGACCACUGCAGCUCUCUGGCCAAGGCUGAGGGCAGCCACUAACCUUUGUGUAUAAACAUAAAUAUUUAAAAGGCACGUUGACAACAUGCCAUUUAGCAAGACAACAACAGUGGGUUCCCCUCUAUGGCCUUUGACCUCCUCUCCCAAGGGCCUUGGUGAUGAGGUCUACAGUACCAAACACAAGCUCCUUCCUGUGAAGCAGACCUCAAAUCCAGUCCAGUAAUGGCUGGUUACCCCCAUCGCUUAAUGCCACUAAUGUGUCAGGGGUAGGCAGACACUUUUGCUACACACGUUUUCUUUUAGAAAGAAGAGAGACAAUAAGAUUUUAGGAAAGCACUUGAGAGGAAAAUGCACAUUUUUAAAAAGCAAAAAGCUAAAAGACUUUUAUUUUGAAAUAGAUCAUAAAUUUUUGAUUAUACAAAUCCAGAAGAAUGAAAUAAUUGAAACUUCAAAAGAAAUGACAGCCAGUGCCUAGAGCUAGCCUAUUUUCAUCAUCAAUUUUAGUCUGUGGGAGGGUUAUGUAUACCUGUAGGGGUAGAAAUGCAAAUGUUUUUAAAAUGUUUAAGCAUUUGGUUACCUGACAUGGAUCAUAUAAUUCAUUGUUACAGUAUCGUUAACUGUUGGGUCAUAGUCCAAGAAUGGAGUCAAUAAGGGGAAUUCUAAGGAAAACUCCAACAAGACAAGAUCAGAGUCUUGUGGGCUCAGUUUCUUCAAACCAAGGGAUUGUUCUUGGACUGUUUUGGUGUUCAUGAGAGGUGGAGUGGAUAGGAAGGAGUUUACUUCAGAUUACCAAUUACAACCGGAUAAUGUUAUUUGUUUAUAUGCCUCUAUGGAAAAACAAGUUUUGCCACAUGCAGCUUCUCUGUCACAUGCCACUUGUCCUUGGAACUGUACACUUUACUCAGGUGACUCCUUUUAACCCUCAGAGUAUAAAUUGUCUGGUGUGCUGAAUAAAGUUGGCUACUGCAUAAGCCUGGUCUGGCUCAUAUCGGCUCCAUUUCCCAGGUCCCACUCUAGAUCAGUAAUACUAAGCAAAGAAUGGGAAAUGGUGAUAACUGGAUUAUUGUAGUUUAAAGUACUUGAACUCUUUUGUUUUAUUAGUAAAGGACAGUAUUGUGCCUUUUAAAAAUAAUCAGUAAGCCAAACACUUACAUAUUCAUUCAUUUGUUGGGGACACCUUCCUUGAAAAAGGAGAGCCCCACAUAACCUGGAUUGGAGUGCAAAGAUUUCACUAGAGGGAACUAGAGAAUUAUACUAAACCUUUUUCAUUUAUUUGAAGGAAAAACAAUACAAAACAAAUGAUUUCUUCCUAUAGUUUUAAUUCUAGAGCACAACUUUAAUGUCAAUAAGAUCAUCUUAGUCUUUAUAAAAUUUCAAAUUUCAGGUGAAUAAACUUCUGGCAUGUUGUUAUUAUUAUCUAUAUGUGGCCAAGGUAGAAAGUGAAUUUGAGUUAAUAUCUAUGUUUUCAGGGCUGGGGAUGUAGUUCAGCAAUAGAAUGGUUUCUUAGUAUGUGUGAGACACUGGGAUUGUGUUCCCUAUCCUGAAGAAAAAUGUAAGAGUUUGUAUUUCUAGAAUAAAGCUUUUCAAAAUACUUCUAAGUUUUUUAAUGGCACUUUGUUGCUCUGGGUGUGCACUUAUCUGUCUCUGUACCCAUCCAUGGUAAUGUCUAGACAAGAAAAAUCACUUGAUGACUUUCUCUAGAGUAUAUCAAAUCAUGAAUCACUCCUUUUUCUAGUCAGCAUAGUCCUGAUAAAGAAGAGACAUUGAAGAGCUGGGGAGAUGGCUCAAUGGGUAAAAUGCUUCCUGCCCAUGCAUAAAGGCCUAAAUUUGGACUUCCAAUACCCACAUAAAAGCCAGUCACUAACUCUGAUGCUUAAGGGUGAAGGCAGGUGGAUCUUGGGGCCUCAUUGGCAGGCUAGCCUAUACCUCAUUCAAAAAAUAAGAUGGAGAGGGGCAGAGGAAAGACAUCCAACAUCAACCUCUAGCCACUUGCAUGGGUGAGCACCUCUGCACACACAUGCACACACACUCAUACAACACAUACAGAGAAACAGAGAACAAAAAUAGAAGGAAAGGAAAGGUGGGUGGGGCUUAAGCGAUGUCAGUUUAGCUAAUUUAAUAUAGAGAAACAAGAAUUGGAUGUAUGGCCAGAUCACAAAGGUAGAAUAUACUGGCUUAGGGAGGGGUCUUGUCCCAUCCCAGCAUUUCUAGAACACACACAGGAUGUGGACAGACCCCCUCUCGCACCCCCAGAUCAACAUGUCCUCUGAGCCUCUGCUCUUCAGUAGUGCUUGUGGUGACUCCACCUCCUAUUUACAUCGUAAGUGAGUCUACCAACAAUUCACAAAAUCCAGUAAAGAUAAAACUGCAUGAAGGUGUGUGCUACCAUUAAUUCUGUGAAUUUUUAUCUUGGGAUCUAAGUGAGUAUUUCAAAGUAACUCUAACUCCACUGAAUGGUGUCUUUCCAAAGAAGAGUUUCCCUGACAUCUGGCACUUUUGAGAAGAUGGAAUUGAUGAGGUAGACCCUUGUUUCACCCCAAAAAGCCAUGGCUACUUUUCUGGGAGAGGGCUUCUGAGCCUACUGUUUCAGACCUGUGAGUAAGACUCCAUGUCCUGGCCUCUAAAAUGUCACACCCAUGGUUGCUGAAGGUUGCUUCUUGUCUGAAGCACACUUAGAAUCUGGAGAUUGGACCAGGGAAGUGGGUCAGAGGUAGAACGCUCAUCUACCAUGCAGGAAGCACUGGGCUUGAUUUCCAGUACUACCAAAAACAAAACACAAAUUGGAGAAUGUCUGUUCCUUAUGUUUUAAUUAAUUUGUACAUACAGUAAUAUAUAAAUGCAUUAAAUAUGGUUAUGGAACAAAUGUUCUUCUAGGUGAAAUAAGAAUAUAUGAAUAUAUUUUUCAACAAAAGUCAAAGGUUAUUUGUCUAUGUGCAUGCAUGUGAACUCAUGCAUGUAUGCAGUCCCAUAUGCAUGUGCACAUGGAAGGAACAGGACAGCUUCAGGUGUUGUUCCUCAGUAGCUAUCCACCCGAUUUUUUGAAACCCAGUCUCUCACUGGCCUCUAGCUUACCAAGUGGGCUAGGCCAGCUAGGCCAGGUGCCCCCUGCAACAGGCGACAAGCAUGCCGUGCCAUAUCUGAUGUUUGAAAACACUGGCUCUGAAGAUUAAAUGCAGCUCUUUAUGCUUGCAGGGCAGUCAUUUUGCCAGCGAGCCACCUCCCACGCUCCAAGUCACAUUUUAAAAAGAUGCCAUCCAUGUCAGAUUGUGUUAUCUUUAUGUUACCAAGUCAGAUGGGAAGUUAUGUUACUUUAGAUGGGAAAGUUUUCUUUACUUUUUUCCCUAAAGAAAAAAGAAACACAGGGAGAUUUUUUUUUAAAUAACGACCAUUUUUAAAUGUAGGCUUAAGGAUAUUGAUCUACAUGCUCUAUACCCCUGGGUAACACAAAUGCAGGGCGUCUCAGGAGUGUCCCUCUCAGAUUCGUAUUUAAUAAGUGAGGACAACUCAAAUUUUUAAUGGAGUAUCUUUAUGAUUACACUUGUAUUCUUUUAUCUUAACUUGUGGUUUCUAACCUCCUCAUACCCAGUAAUAAAGGCUUUAAUUGAAUAUUAUCAAUCAAAGAACAAACAUAUUUCUUAAUGUUAAGAUUAUGAUAUAGGUCCCACCCAAUACCGGCCACGCAGUGGUGUGCCAGAGGGAUGACCCCACCCCUCGCCUGGCCAGCUUGUGAGGACUGGACCUGAGGGCUUGAGAGCUUGAGACCUUCCCCCAUCCCCACUCAAAUGGCUGCAGCACUGGGGAGGAAGGGUCCUAUAGCUCACAUGGGCAGCACAGUAGAGCUGGCCCUGGUGGAGAAGGGUGGGUGAGCUGGCCAAGGGUAGAAGAGUGGAAGAGCUGGCCCCAUCCCUCUUGCCAGGGACAUGUGGGAGAACUAGCCCUGGUGGAGUGGGUGCAGGCAGGCAGACCACUUCAGCUACCACCCAGGCCUAUUUCCAGGACUUUUGAGUUAUCCUGCAUCAUCAUCGACCCCCUCUAUGAACUGCAGAAGCACAUGAAGAGGCCAGUCCUGCGGGACUAAAGCUGCAGGAUCUUCAUGACACAAGGCAACAACAGGAUAUGGGAGAGGAGUCCUGGUGAAGAUCAAGUAUUGAAAAUGGCAGAAGCCAAAGACCUUGAAUCAGACCAGUGACUCAUUGCAAUGAACAUUUGCAAGUGAAGCUAUUUGGACAAAAGAUUAUACUGUGUGUGUGACAUACGGCAGCUUACAUGGCAACAACUUUUUUGUUUUCUUUAGAGGGGGAGGUGAAUCAAUGAAAAAAACUUGUUAAAAAAGAUUAUGAUGUAAGGAAUAGAGAGAUGACUCAGUGGUUAAGAGCACUUACUGCUCUUCCAGAGGACCCAGGUUCAUUCACAGCAGCCAUGGUGAUUCCCAACUGCUUCUAACUCUACCUAGUGUGUGUACGUACGUACGUGUGUGUGUGUGUGUGUGUGUGUGUGUGUGUGUGUGUACACAAACACAGUUAAAAAUAAUAAAAAAUCUUUUUAAAAAGAGUAUGAUGUAUUUAUCCUUACAGAUAAUAUUCCUAAUUUUGAGUUAUAACUUUAGCCAAGGAAGGAAGGCAAAUCAUACAGAUUCUUCUUUUUGACUUUUUUUUUAGUUUCAUGUGCAUGCAAGUUGUGCCUGAAUGGAUGACUGUACACCAUGUAAGCCUCUUGUUCCCACAGAGGCCUCAGAGGGCAUCAGAUCCCUUGGGCCUAGACUUACAUAUGGCUGUGAGCUGCUAUGUGGAUUCUGAGACUCAAACCCAGGUCCUCUGGAACAGCAGCCAAUACUGAGCCAUCUCUCCAGUCCCAUGGUUACUCUUUUCAAAUCACCAUUAAUAUCCAUACUAUGAAUCCCCCGGGAAAGUCUUGGCAUUUACUGCACUGUAUGCAUUGGUGAAGGGUAUCUAGGGAUCCACCCAGGGCCUCAUUUAUGCUAGGAAAAUACUCUACCACUGAGUUACAUGGUCAUCCCUAUACUUCUUGUGAGCUGCCAUACAACUGGAUAUCUGUCAACAGGGCCAUGCUAACUAGUAGGAGAAUUCAAGUGUACAUGUAUGAAAGCAUCGUUGCCAAACCAUGUUGAGAACUGUAGUGGAGACUGUGGAAUGAAGACCUUCAGGACUGGCCCCCACUUCUCCAGUUGCUGACAGUGGUAGCCUUCAUAACAUUUAGCUAAAUGCAAGCAGAAUUCUCCUCACCCAAUGGCUGCCUUCCUAAGGGCAUUGCUUCCUCCCUGAAAGCAGGCUAUCUUCAAUGACUGGUUGAAGGCCGCAGGGUAAUUGAGGCCUAAAGCUCCUGACGUGAAGCAAGCUAACUCAGACGGAGCAUGCCAUCUCUGGAGCAGCUUGUGGGGCCACUUGACCUUUAUUAUCAUGGUUUCAUUUCCCGAUCUCCCCAGCCCACAAGCCUCAUGCUCCUGCAGAUACUGACCACGGAGCCUUCAGAAUACACUCCCUGCACACACAUCUGUCUCAGUGUCUGAUUUGGGUGCGAAUGCAGACACAGUAGCACCAAAUUCUUAUGUAGAAAAGCUUGCUGGGUAGGAUGUAGUCUAGAGGAGGAAGAUCGCAUGAGCCUGAGGUCAACCCGAAUGACACACAGGGUCCCAUCUCGGUAAUAAUAACAAAUACAAGAGAUCCAGGUCCUGUUCUUAAAGAUCAUUACCACCUUGUGUCACAUUUCCCAGCUGCCUUUAGUAGGGUUGUACUAGCCCUCCAAUGCAGCCCAUGUCCCUGAAAUUCUGAAGAAACCACAAACAUUCAGUCAUUGCUCCUCUGAAUAUUAGUCCUAUCAACUUAAUAAAACUGUCAAAACUCAGUGUAUUACACCAGGCAGUUAAAUGCACAAGCAUUUAAUCCCAGCA